AUGCAGUUUAUUUUAAAGAUUUUAUAUAUAAAUAUGGUAAGUGAAUUAUGCUUUUUUUGUAAUUAUUAUAGUGUAGAAUCAUCCGUGUUUACAUGCAUUGAAUGUUAAUAAUUUCUAAUUUAGCAUUCUAAUUGGUCAAUAAAGACAAUUGCUUGCUCAUUUUAUACUGUAAUAGGACACAAAUUAAAUUCAUUGUUUGUAAAUCGUUAGACGUUAGCACAAUAUAAAGCCCCAAUAGAAUUAUUUAUUUGGAAAAAGUCAUUUUUAUAAUGAAAAAUUGAUGUAAUUCCCAUUUACAAAUUAAUCCAUUUAUUCUUUUCAAAAGGUAUUCAUUAAAACCAUUCAAAUUAUUGAAAACCAUUGAUGUGAAAAUAAUACAUAAUUUCCAUCAAUGUUUAUUCUACAAACUGUCAGAAUUAAUGAAUACCAUUUCCAUAUGGUCGUAAUUAACAGUGACGUCAUAAACAGCCAGUUUAUAAUAGUUUAUACCUGUAAACCACAUAAGUAUUCUCUAGUUAUAAUCUCUCCGCAUAUUUUCAGUUCUAAAAUGUUGUAUUUUGGCUGAUGAGAAAGAUUGUGGUUCAAUUUUUACGACUGUUACGACCAUAUGGAAACCAGGUUUAAUGGGUUCAUUUAUUUACCAAAUAUACAUAUUGCUGGCAAUAUUCACGUCAAUAUUCACAGUAAUAUAAUGUAAAACUCAGUAAUAAUUAAUGAGGAAAUAUAUUAUAUAUGUGAUAAAAAUCAUGUUAGUUUACAUAAACUUUAGCUUGGAUUUUCUCGUCUUAGACAAUGUUUAUUUUUUAAAUUACUUCGCCAAUGAACUCAUAAGAUAUAUGGGUCGUUUUUAAUUUAAGCCAUUUAUAAUACUCGCAGUUUGUGCUCUAUCAGAUAUAAAAUACUCCUAGUACUUGUGUUUUAAAUAGUACAUAACACCCAUUCUUAUUUUUACCAGAAUACAGCAAAUUACAAGAAUAAAGAAAAGACGUUCAAGGUUCUAGUCCUUGGUGAUGUUGGCACAGGAAAAACAAGUUUCAUACGAAGAUAUGUCAGCCAAAAAUUCUUUAUCAACUACAAGGCAACAGUAUCCUUGUAAUAUUUGACCUGUUGAGCACUAGACUAAGUGCUUUCCCCUUGACAAGUAAAAUCGUCUGGUGUUAGACAGAAGUAAAAUCAUCUGGCAUUAGACAGAGUAAAAUCAUUUGUUGUUAGACAGAGUAAAAUUCUCUGAUGUUAGACAGACUGAGAGUAAAAUCAUAUGGUGUUAGACAGAGUAAAAUUGUCUGGCAUUAGACAGAGUAAAAUCCUCUGAUGUUAGACAGAAUAAAAUCGUCUGGCAUUAGACACAGUAAAAUUGUCUGGUGUUAAACAGAGGAAAAUUGUCUGGUGUUAAACAGAGGAAAAUUGUCUGGUGUUAGACAGAGUCAAAUUGUCUGGUGUUAAACAGAGGAAAAUUGUCUGGUGUUAAACAGAGUAAAAUUGUCUGGUGUUAAACAGAGUAAAAUUGUCUGGUGUUAAACAGAGGAAAAUUGUCUGAUGUUAGACAGAGUAAAAUUAUCUGGUGUUAGACAGAGUAAAAUCGUCUGGCGUUAGACAGAGUAAAAUCCUCUGAUGUUAGACAGAAUAAAAUCGUCUGGCAUUAGACACAGUAAAAUUGUCUGGUGCUAGACAGAGUAAAAUUGUCUGGUGUUAGACAGAGUAAAAUUGUCUGGUGUUAGACAGAGUAAAAUUGUCUGGUGUUAGACAGAGUAAAAUUGUCUGGUGUUAGACAGAGUAAAAUUGUCUGGUGUUAGACAGAGUAAAAUUGUCUGGUGUUAGACAGAGUAAAAUUGUCUGGUCAGUGGCGUAACAUUUUAUCAGGGGGCCCCCGGUUCAAAAUUUUCGAAGGCCCCCUAGUAUAGAAGUUCCAAAGGCACGAGUUGAGCAUCGUAUAUGCACGACUUUGGGGUGAGGUUUUACAGAAUUCUGAUGGUCAGAAAACGACAUUGUGACAUAUCAGAGGCCCUGGCCAAUGUUUUUGGUCUACAUCCUGAGCCUGGGGGCCCCCAUUUGGCCCAUUGGGGUUGGGGGCCCCCGGGUUUGCCCGGUCCGAGCCCAUAGUAGUUACGCCACUGUGUCUGGUGUUAGACAGAGUAAAAUCGUUAGAUAGAGUAAAAUAAUGAAGUAAGUUGCAUUAACAUGAAAUAUGUUGUAAAUUAAAUUGUUUUUGUUAACAUGCUACAAAUAAGAUUGGAAGUGACUUUGCAUUGAAGGUGAUAGAUUGGGAUGAAAAUUGCCAGAUCAAGCUACAACUAUGGGAUAUCGCAGGUAUACCGUAUAUAAUCAUACCACUAAGCAUCCUCAGGUAAAUGUUUAAAUCAUACCCCACUCAGACCAUUUUAACAUUGUUUUUUCUCAAACUGCAUAUAGGUCAAGAAAGAUUCUCCUCAAUGACCAGGGUAAGACUGUACGAAAGAAGGGGAAAGGGGGGAUGGGGCUCAACCGAGGGGAUCUGGGGAUGUGCUCCCCUAGAAAAAUUUUGCGUUUUCAAAGGCUCAGAAGAGUGUUUACUGUGUUUCUUGAGAGGAAAUUUGAUCAAAUAAUGUGAAGCUUUUGCAUUUACAAAUUCAAGAUAUUUGUAAAUGCACUUUGCAUCUUCUUACAACCUCUUACCCCAGUUUUGAAACAUCGAGUAGUCAAGUUUUCAAUGAAACCAGGAAUUGGUUACAGAUUCAUGUCUUGCUGUUCAUGAGUUAGGGUCAGCGGUUAGGGUCAGGAAUCAGGAUAGGGCUCAGUAUUCAUAAACAGCGAGACAUCAAUAUGUAACCCAGGCUAAUAGUAUAGCAGUCGCUGUACACAUGUGACAUACUAUUGUUCAGGUAUAUUAUCGCGAUGCAGUUGGAGCAUUUGUGGCAUUUGAUGUGACCCGAGCAGCGACGUUUGAUGCUGUUGCGAAAUGGAAACAGGACGUAGAUACUAAAUUAAUUCUCCCAACUGGACUUCCAAUUCCAGCGGUCUUACUGGCUAAUAAGGUAAGACCCGUUCACACGCAUAGCAUAACCUGUUCCCAGGGGUGGAAAAAAUAGGCGAGCACUGCUCGCAGGAAAUUUUAAACAGCUGCAAGAAAUUCGUUUGAAUGAAGAUUUGUUAUUGAAAAUUUGGAGGAAACAUCCACCCAUGUCCCACAAGCACCCACCCAUGUCCCACUAUGUCUAUGCCUAUGGGCACUGAACAACAUAUGGUUGACAGACAUUAUUCCUCAAAUUUAAAACAUGGUCAGCUAGAACACUAUAUGUUUAUGCACAUGCAGAUUUAGCACAAAAAUACUCCGUUGGUCUGCAGGAAAUUUUUUCUCCAGGUUCUGCUCCCAGGAAGAAAAUUCUUUUUUCCUGCCUUGUAUGGCUAGCUUCGCCACUGCUUCAUUAUCUUACUUUGAACUGGGAAAAACUUAGAUGGUGCAUUAAUUCUCCCCGCUGUACAAUAUGUGCAAUAUUAUCAGGGUUGCCUAAAUUACUUUGAAUUUGUACUUGAGUAAAAGUAAUUAACAAUAAAACGACUUGAGUAAGAGUAAAAAGUACUGGAGGCAAAACAUACUUAAGUAAAAAGUACGAAGUAUCCUUAAAAAAUAGUUGAAGUAAAAGUACUAUUGUCGAUCUGUAGCGUGUAGGGGACUUCUCCAAUGGAUUGACAUAUAAAAGACACAAAACAACACACGCAUUAUAUGCAUGCACCUAAUAUACAAUAUUUCACGGCAUGGUCUACUUUGCAGACCCCGUUGAAGAUAUAAGAAAUCCAUUAAAUAAGUAAUGCUUAUAAGCAAGCCACAAACCAGAGUUCCCAGACGCAUGUAGAGAUCCUAUUACCUAUCCCAAAAUUAAAAUAAAUCCGGAAUAAAUGACGUAAAAUAAAAUGAAAGUUAGAAAGUAACUAAAUACUUCGCCACAAAUUGAAAAUAACGAAGUAAACCGUUACUUCUUUAAUAAAACGACUUCGUUCCAAGUAAAAGUACUCCAGAAAAAGUUUACUUUGUUACAUGCUGACUUCUCAAAAAUAGUACUCAAGUACAGUAACGAAGUACAUUUACUACUUGACACCACUGAAUUAUAUUAUUCUAAUUCCUUUAGUGUGAUCAAGAGAGCAUAGUAAGAAAAGACAAAGUUAAUAAAUUAUGUGAGGAUCUUGGCUUCUUGUGUUCUUUUGAAACGUCAGCAAAGGAAAACAUUGGCAUAGACGAAUCGAUUAAAUUUUUAUUAACUAAGGUUGGUAGAGUUUUUCCAAAAGCGUUUUACGUUCUCGGAAAUGUACAUGCAUGUGCAAAAAGUUUUAUAUUUGACUUAGACAGGAAAUUUUCAGUAUUUUUCGAUUUUGCUGCCAGCAAGAGAAAUAUGUUUACUAGGGUUGAUAUGGUAUAACUAGGCAUGCAAGUUAUUAAAGUGCCCAUAUGACACGAAAUUCCACCCCAAAGGUUUGUGGUUGCAUUGUAAAGUCACUUAAAAUGACUUAAUAAUAAUCUUUUAUAGAAUUUUGGUAACUUGCUCCCUUUUCAAGAUAUUCAACUUUGUUUCAUAUGCAAAUAUCACUGGUGUGACAUCACCUCACAUAAUGAGUUUUCAGAAAAGUAUAGUUUUCUUGACGAAUACGUACCUAAAAAACAUUAAAAUUGCCCUUGUAUAUGUAUUAAUUUCAUAACUGGUAAUUUGUUUGUAAAAGUAUUUUAUCAAGGUAAAAUAUUGCGUUUUCAAAAUGUCAUUAUGCGAUGUGAUGUCACACCGGUGAUAUUUGCAUAGUUGAAUAUCUUGCAAAGGAAGCAAGUUACCAAAAUUCUAUAAAAGAAUUGAAUUAUUAAGUCAUUUUAAGUGUUCUUUACAAUGCAAUCAUAAACAUUUGGGGUGAAAUUUCGUGUCAUAGGCACUUUAAAAGCCGACUUUGUCUAUCACAUGCAACCAAAUACAUUCCAUUGAACUCCUGGCAAAAUCCCACCCAGUACUACUAUAGAGUAUAGGCAUUUACUUAGGUGUUUUUUCUUUAUAGAUUUUAGAAACAGAACAAUCUGUAUCGAGUAAUGCAGGUGUGGGACUUCCCGAGAAGGAACCGCCUGCGCGAAACUGUUGUGCUUGUCACUAUCCAAAAACAAAGUCACUCAUGAAUGAUGUAGACGGAUAA